CCACCAACACCUUGCCUCAUCCCCAACACUCUACCUCAUCCCUGACUCUACCCUUCCAUUCUCUUGUCGCAAUGGAGACCUCUCCAUCGCCAGAAAAUGAGUGCGCAGUCGACGAAGAUUUCUAUGUUUACACCCCGCUUCCGCCUGGCCCUUCCUUCCGCUGCCUUGCGCUGGAGCCAGGUUCUGGUGAAGACCCGCUACGAUGCAGUAUCCGCAUUUCUGCCAUCGCAGAUGAAGACUACGAAGCCAUUUCGUAUGUCUGGGGAAGCGAAGUCAGGGAGCACCGGAUAUUCUGCAACGGGCGGACGAUACGGAUUACAGAAAACCUCUUUCUAGCGCUCCGGAGAAUACGGGAUCGGACUGAGAUUCGGCAUCUGUGGGCAGAUUCAGUUUGCAUCGACCAGGAGAAUGAUAUAGAGAAAGGCCACCAGGUUUCCAUCAUGAGCCAGAUCUACAGCAGGGCACGCCGCGUGCUUAUCUACAUGGGACCUGAUCCCGAAGGGCACGGUCCACAGGUUGCUUCAUUGUUGAGUGAAACAGGAGAGAUGAUUCAGCGCGAAAUCGAUAAGCUAGUUUCCCUUGAAUGGAACUCUUUCCCAGACCUAUAUCAAGAUAUAGGAAAUCCCCUCUUACACGACAAACGCUGGCUGUCAUACAAAGCCCUCUCAAAACAACAGUGGUUCGUACGUGGCUGGGUUGUUCGGGAAGUAGGGCUGGCAAAAGAGGGUAUGAUAAUAUGGGGCGACGGUGAAUUCACAUGGACAAAUUUGAUGCGUACAACGAUUUGGAUUGCUGGGAAAAACGUGGCCAUAUCCCUAAUCCCCCCUACCAUGUUAACAGGAAGAAUGUCUUCCGAAUUGGCAAUUCAUGUAGACGUUUACUUGGACCGAAACCAUCACACACUACGAAUCUUUCUCCUAAAUCUUUCAUGGUCACCAAGCAGAAUGGUGGAUUAUCUUGCACGUGGAAGAUAUCUCAAGUUCAAGGAUCGCCGUGACAGCGUCUACGCUUUCACUGAUCUUGCUCUCGAGUCCGCAGAUUUAUUACGGCUGGCACCGGACUAUACCCAAUCACCCUCGGAGGCUUUCAAAGCCUUUACCAUACAAUAUCUACGAAUCACUGGAGAUACUACAAUAUUGAGUUUCGUUAACCAUAGCACACGGCCAGGGCAAUCGGAACUACCAAGCUGGGUGCCGAGAUGGGAAGCAAUCGAGCCAAAGGACGAUGACAGAAUUUGGGAAGACAGUUUUCUUACUUUGCAAGAAGCUACGGGGUUCACUAAGCCAGAAGUCCUGGAUGAAGAAACACUCAAAUUGCGGGGAAUCUUGUUGGGUGAGGUGCGUUACGUGUCAGACGUUCUGCGCAUUUCCACGACGACAGCAGAAUUAAUAUCGAAACUUUGGCAGGACAUGCAGAGACCUGCUCCCGGAUUACGUGACCCGAACGAUAUCUCGGUAAUAGACUUUGUUGUCACUCUGCUCUUUGGAUUCGAUCUGAGCAGUCAAAAGGAAGAGCAUGAACGCUGCCUAGACACCUACACCGAGGAACUGACAAAUGGCACCCUCGGGAAUAAUGACUGGGGCGACACAGACGAACGACUGCAGAGGUUCAAUGUGGUGAACUCGGCUAUCAAGACUUGCUCAAAUGCCAAGAGACUUAUGGUCACUGGAUCUGGGCACAUAGGGCUCGCCCCGGCUGUAGCGUGUCAGGGUGAUCUCUGCGUGAGGCUGUCCGGAUCCAAAAGUCUGAGUCAUGAUCACCAUUAUCUGCUUAGAGCUACAGAGCGAUAUCAGUACUACAGGGUUGUCGGGAUCGCGUGGACUCUAUACGAUAUGGAACCUAAAGAUGCAGAUGAUGGUGCAGGCGCGGAGGAUGAGGGUGAAAAGUACAACGACGAUUUCUACCUGAUCUAGUGCACAAUAUAUUCCUUUGCCCUUGCAGUGGCAAAAAUGCGC